UGCUGGGGUGGGGUCAAUCUGUCUUCUGGGUACAUUCAGCUGUGGUGCAUGUACGGAGCCUUAUUAGGCAUCAAUGCAGCUGCCGACCACGUCCUGGAUUAUCGAUCUGGCAGUUCUCCCUUGCGUACAGGGCACUUUCUGGGGUAUAGCGUGGAACUCAAAUGUAAAUGUUCUCUACGAAUGUACUUGCAGUGUUGCACAGUGGAUCAAUCUCGAUCCCGCGGCGCAAAGCUAAAGUCCUGAUCAGCAUGGAAUCUUCACGGGUUGAUCAUUUCCUCCUGCUUUGUGUCAUAUCUCCAAUCUUUAACAGGAACUCCCAAUACAGCGCGAUAUCUUAAGAAUAAUGCAUCUCCUUCCAGAUGUGAGGGCGCUUUGCGAUUCCAACGAACCCCAGACGGUUGAGAACCCUGCAUUGCCACGCUACGAUCUCGUCGAUCUCGCUAUCGAGCGUUACACCGCACGUGUGUCCAAGCGGCGCUCUGAGGAAGAAACAAAAUCAUUCUUCGUCGCAGAUCUCGGCCAGGUGGCCCGCCAACUCACGCGCUGGGAGCGCAACCUGCCAACUGUGCGACCCUACUAUGCGGUAAAAUGCAACUCCGACCCAGCACUUCUGCACCACCUUGCCUCCCUCGGCAUCGGCUUCGACUGCGCAUCCGUGGAAGAGCUCCGCCUCGUCCUCGACCUCAACAUCGAUUCGGCGCGCAUCCUUUUUGCAAACCCAGUCAAAGCACCCGCAGCCAUACGCUUUGCGCGCCGGGUUGGAGUGUCGCGAAUGACCUUUGAUAAUAUGGAUGAGUUGCAUAAGAUCAGUGCGUACUUUCCCGAGGCGCAGCUAUUGCUGAGGAUUUACGCGAGUGAUGAUCAUGCGCUGGUGAAGCUGGGGGAGAAGUUUGGUGCGCAAUUAGAUACCACCAAGCAGUUGCUCAAGCAGGCGUGGGAGCUGGGGCUCGACGUUGUGGGGGUUAGUUUUCAUGUUGGAUCCGGCGCCCAAAGCCCCAACGCCUACCGAAAAGCCAUCGAGGACGCCGCGGUCGUAUUUCGGCAAGCAUCCGCACUCGGCUUCCGACUCACAAUUCUCGACAUCGGCGGCGGCUUCACGGACAGCAAUUUUGAGUCUAUCGCCCGCUCGGUCCGCGAAUCCAUCGACAUCCACUUCUCUUUGGACAUAACAAUCAUUGCAGAGCCCGGUCGCUACUUUGCGCGGAGUGCGUACACGCUCGUACCCCAGGUCAUCGGGCGGCGCCGCCACAUUUGUUGCGCGGCUGCUGAAGGGGUUCCGGAUAUGCUGUAUCAGAAUGACGGGGUCUAUGGGAAUUUCAUGAAUGUUAUUAUGGAGAAGGAGCGGAUGGCGCCCAGGCUUUACAAACCUAAAUCAAAUUCCCUGGCGUCAUCUGCGACGAAACAAGGACAUGGCGAGGGGUCGGAAGGUAAAUACCGAUACUCAAUCUGGGGACCGACCUGUGAUAGCAUCGACUGCGUCACUCGUGGAGUGACCUUUGAUUCAGAAGUCCAGGUGGGUGACUGGCUUGUAUAUUGCGACAUGGGGGCUUAUACCAUGACCACUGCGACGCGCUUCAACGGCUUCUCUCGGCCGAGUGAUAUAGUUUACGUGGACAGCGAGGCGACGACGGAUAUUACCGACUAUAUAUGACCUGGUUACGAGAGGUAGACCGACAACAAAAUCUAUAGAAAUUCAGGCCUAAUUGCUGGCCUAAACGGCAGUAAUUAGAGUAGAGUACGGAAUAUGUACGUACAUACAUAUCCAAAAAAUCCAAUUUGUUCGAAUUUUCA